AUGUCGUAUUCUUUAAACAUUUUUCGGUGAAAAAAUAUUUUGAUAUGGGUUCCCGCUGACCAUAAUUUCGGAUCUUGGGCUCUCACAACGUUGCAUUCUUUAAUUGUGCACUCGAAAAAUUUACCAUUUAUUAGAGCGCCAAGAAAACUGAAAAAAAUUGGUCGUUAAAAUUCACUGCUAUCAUAAUUAUCGUAAUUGCGAAACCUCAUUUAUUAAUAAUUGCCAACACAAACUGUUUGCAAUAAUAUAAUUAUCUAUCCAUUUACGAUGACUCAGUCAUAAAAACGAUGCACGGGAAUUAGUUCGUAAAUAUAUACACAUUCAAAAAAGUAACGCCAUCCAGGUACCUUUUAUUGCUAUUGUUUAUUGCAUUAAGGCCCCCUCCCGCCCCGCUCCCCAGCCGUGGCAAUUUUAUGGCUCGUGCUCCGAACAACUACGUGUAAUACUUUUUAUUUUGCAACGUUAUUAGCGAUUGUUUUGCAAAGCCGUGUAGCUAAGUUUCAGUCGAGGGAUCCUGUUAACGAGAAACGCGUAAAAUAGCCGACACGUGCGAUUUUUAAAGAACCACGUGGAUGUCAGAUUCCGCCUUAGUCUGCUGCUGGUGAAUAUUCGGUCUUCGAUCCAGCGAAAGGUAACUAAUUUCAAAAAUUGUAACUGUUAUAUUUGUGGAUCUACGACGCACACCGGGUACAGAAAUUUAAAAAAUGCCGCAAGUUACCUGCCGAUGACAAUAAAAAUCGUGUUCGAUUAGAGAGCGAUCUAUAAGCCGCACGCGUGGAGUGGACUGUUAUCAUUUUUCCAAUAGCAAAAACCGUUCUGUCGUGGCGUAUCGACUGGAAUAAAGCCGAAAUUAGUCAAGUUUUGGUUACGUUACAAAUGCGCGGUUAGGAUUAAGCUAAACAGGCAAUGUGAGAAUGGGCAUAACGAUAUGGCUGAAGCAAAAGAAACUCAUUGCAUUGUCGAUACUAUUGAUGACUCUGUUUAUUUUUUUAAUUACUGAACCGAGAACGUGGGAGGUCCGAAUCGACAGGCGUUCAUUUCUUCUGAACGGCUUUGAUAGUCAAACGGUCGAGGAAUGGCGGGCGUUGAGAAACAAUUUGAAAUCUCUUUCGAAAUUGGGUGAGGUUUUAUUCCAAAACGCUCCGGAACCAAAGAUAAUCGAUAGUACGUUCCAAAUAUUGGUGUGGAAAUAUGGCCCCACCAUCGAAAACAGACAUCUGAAACAUUUCUCCGACCAAAGAAUUGACCCCUUUGAGGGCUGCCCUGUGCGAAACUGUAAUAUAACGUAUGAUGACGAGGCCAUCACUACGGCCGACAUUGUGAUAAUGCACUUGCAUCGAUUUAAUGGCAAGCAGGAUUUACCGACGAGGACACGCUUGGACCAAAUAUGGGCCUUUUUGACAGACGAAAGCCCGCUACACACCUUCCUGAAUGGUAACGUGAAACUGGAUGAUUUCGAUGGAUUAUUUAAUUGGUCCAUGACCUACAGAAUGGAUUCUGACAUUCCGGUACCGUACGGCAGGACAGCAUUAAAAGAACCGUUCGAUUCGCAAGUAGAAGUAAGGCUGGACAAAAGGCGCGAUGUGUUAGUGGCUAUAUUAGGUUCCAACUGUCAGGGUACCAACCACCGUUGGAAAUACGUUGCAGAAUUGCAAAAACACAUACAAGUAGACGUAUAUGGGGGUUGUGGCAGAAAAAAAGAAUGUCCGGGUCAUUUCCAGUCCGAUUGCCAGGCGAUCGACGACUACCUGUUCUACCUAUCAUUCGAAAAUUCCAACUGCGACGAAUACAUUACGGAGAAAUUAUGGUGGAACGCUUUCCACAAGAAUUCCAUACCGAUCGUCAUGGGUUCGGAUAAAAAAAACUAUCGCAAGAUUUUACCGCCGCAGUCGUACAUUAACGUUGACGACUUUGCCAGCCCUUCAGCUUUGGCGCAGAACUUACUGAGACUGAACAAAACCGGAGACUUCAAAAGCUUCUACAGGUGGAAAGCAAAUUUUCAAGUUCUAAAUGAACACGGCUACUUCAAAAGUAAAUCGUAUCAUUACUGUAGAAUAUGUCAGGCGUUGAACUACAACAACAAAACGACGAAAGUGUACGAUCAUCUAACGGAUUUCUGGAGUAUUCAGGAAAAUUGUCACCCAGCGUGGGAUACUUGGACGGAUUAACCGAGUCACUACAAAUAAUUGCUCAGUAUACCGUGUGUUCCAAUAAUAAGGUACGCUAAUAGGAAAUCAGCAGGUCCUAUAAAUUUGAUAAAGUAAAUGCCGAAAAUUAUUUUUCAGCUUCCAGCGGACGUCAUUGCUUUCUCGACUUUUAAAACCCGGUUUCUACAAAAUUGAGCGUGUGCUGUUUUGAAACUGACACUGCUCUAUUUCUAUCACUUUAAAGAGGCCUCUCCUAGAAUAUCAAUCUUUCUAUGAGUGCCACCAGAUGGCGUUUUCUAAAAAUCGCAAUAACUAUGACUUUUUCUCAUAAUUAGAUAGUCAAAUAAACGCCCAACAAUCCUCCUUGGUACCGCAUGUCAAUAUCUUUUUCCUAAUCUAUAAUACAAAAAAUUUAAAAUAGAAAUAAAAUGUUAUUAUUUAAUUAUAUUACUUUGUUUUCAAUUCCUCCAAAGGAUAACAAAUUGCCCGUUGUCAAAUGUUUAGUAUUAAACUCUGCCGGCUCUAUGAUGUCAAAAUAAGGUUAAAGUCAUCAGUCAACUUCUUGUAAUGAAUCUAUACGAAGGGAUACUUAUACGAAAUCUAAGGGCGAGUCAUGAAAGAGUAAAGUUCCUUAUCACAAUGGCUUCAAAAGUUGGUGAAUACAAAAGUUUAAAGAUUGUAAAGUAUACAAAGGGGCCCAAAAAAGACUUACGAAUAAAACCCCCUAUUUUUAAAUUUAUAAUAUAAUAUAAUUAUGUAUAUUAACCUGUUAGCUAAUAGCAAAUAUAGCAACAGUCUUAGAGAGAAAGAAGGGUAAAUAUUGUAAAAGUUAAAAUAAAUCGCAAAGUAUUGAAAGGUAUAUGGCAAGCUUGAUAAGAGUUGAAGGUUUUUGUAAGAACUUUCAGAAAAAAUAAUAAUAUAUGGUGUAAAAUUUAAGAAAAUCGAGAUUUUUUAAUUUAAAAUGAUCCAAAAUUAUUCGUUUAUUUUGAGCACCAGCAUGUAAUUGAAAUUCCGUCGAAUAACGCUAAUAUCAAAUAUGAGUGGGCUACCUUUAGAAAUAAGGGUGAUAUUGGAGUUUUUUGCAAGUGUGAAAACUAGUAUUUUUUUAGAAAUAUUAAAAUAUUAAAUUUACUUUUGGUAGAUUCGAAGUGCUGUAAAAAAAGUACUAAAGGUAAAUUACAAAGUUUUAUUUCGAUUUUAGAUAUUAUUUUUCAUCCUGAAUAAUAUAUUAGCGUUUUAUUUUAUUAUUUAUUUAUUAUUAAUUUAUUAAUAAUUUUUCACAUAUUUUUUUAGAUUGCGGUGAUUAAUGGUGUUCACUUGGUUGUAGGUCCCUUAUUUUAACUACCUAAUGUGGAAUAAAGUUUAAGAAUUAUUUCUUAUAAAAAGAAAACGCCAUCUUGUAAGCAAUUGGAUUGGCCUCGCUCAUAGCACAAUUGAUAGCUUCGGAAAAAACCUCAAACCACUCAAAUUUUAAUCAAAUUUGCUAAGCCUUUUUGGUAAGACAUUUAUUUCCGGAUAUAUUCGAACAUCCUCGAUAACUGUCCUUGUAAGGCAAAUUAAACAAAAACAUUUAACUUUGUCACUUAUGGUUAAUAUUGGAAAAUUUUAUAAAAACCGGAUUUUAAAAAUCAACUUAGCAAAUACAACCGCUAGCGGCCAUUUCGGAAACUCGAGAAUAAUUCUCAUGACCGUUGGCAGAUUUACGUAAUAAAUUUUAUCUUGAAAUUUUUAAGACCAUUUUCCUAACCCCGUACCUCGUUGCUAUUACUGUAUAUAUAACUUUUCAAGUUUCUAUAAAGAUAAAAUUAAAAAAGUGUACUUUCUAGUCCGAAUUUGCCUGAAUGUACCUAUUCAUUUAUUGUAAAUCACAACAGAAUU